UUGGCUUUGAUACGCGUUCCGCGACUGUCCUCCCGCAUCUCGACUUUUCUCUUAACCGCGUUCUUUCCUCGGAGUCGCCGUUCUCUUCCUGUCGUGUCGCCAGACAACAUAAAUCAUCCCUCGUUCUUUCUCAAGGGAGAAUAACGGGAAGGGUUUGGAGCAACAACCAGGAGGAGGAGAAGGAGCAACAACAUUCGAAGGAAGAUUCUCACCGUCGGGAAGAUGCGACACGAAGGAAUGCGCGAAUCUUUCCUGGAUUCGGCGAAACGGUGAAACGAGAUUGGAAAGACGGAGAUGAUCGAAAGGCUUACCAGGAGAGACGGAAAGAAUGCUGAAAAGAUCGGAAGCGUCUUGAAUGGAAGAGUGGCAGCGGCCGAGAGGUCGGUACGAUUUAGGGAGAAAGAGAGAGAGGAAGAAUCGAGGUGAACAAGCUCGGGAGGAGGAAACAGAGAGAGAGAUAAAAUUGGGUUCGUCGACUGGGAUCGUGCGGUAAGAUGAAGUCUGCUUGCUGGUGGUUCGCCUCGUUGCUGAUGAUGCCGGUGUUCGCUGAUCUUCCGGAGGGUGCCGUCACUCGCGGUGAAAGUGGGGUUAAAAUAGGCAUGGGAGAGAGAGGAACGACCACCCCGAGAGGUCCCCUUAUGAGGGGUAGUUCCGGGGUAAGGAUAGGAGAGGGUGGAUUUCCAAACUCAACGAGAAAGAGAAUCUUCACGACUACGACGACCACGACGACCACGACUAUCGCGACUACGACGAUGAUUACGACGACUUUGCAACCCCCAAGAUUCACUUACCCUCCCCAAUCAUCCCUGGAAAAUGCUAAUAACAACACUUACUUGAAGGUUGGCAUGAUGGUGCCGUACAAAACGUUUGGCGUGAGGGAUUACACCAAGGCUGUUACAUCGGCGAUAAAUACGCUUCAGAAGAGUACGAGAGGACCAAAACUAGGACUCUUCCAACAGCAUGGUAUUCGCGUGAAAAUAUCCAUGAUGGAAUUAACGCCUAGCCCGACCACAAUAAUGAAUUCCCUCUGCAAGGAUUUCCUGUCGUUGAACGUAUCGGCUAUUUUAUAUCUGAUGAAUUACGAACAAUACGGUCGUAGCACGGCCAGCGCUCAGUAUUUUCUUCAAUUGGCCGGUUAUCUAGGGAUUCCCGUUAUUGCUUGGAAUGCCGAUAAUUCUGGACUCGAAAGGCGAGCCUCGCAGAGUAAUCUGCAACUACAAUUGGCUCCUUCGUUAGAGCAUCAAACGGCUGCUAUGUUGAGUAUCAUGGAACGAUACAAGUGGCAUCAGUUCAGUAUAGUUACAUCGCAAAUCGCCGGCCACGACGAUUUUAUUCAAGCGAUAAGAGAACGAAUUUCCGAGAUGCAAGAUAGAUUCAAGUUUAACAUAUUGACCACGAUACAGUUUACGGAUCCGAGCGAUAUCAUAGAAUUGGUAAACAGCGAGUCGAGAGUCAUGCUUCUCUACUCGACUAGAGAAGAGGCAACGCGAAUACUCAAGGCGGCGCAAGAUUACAAAAUCACCGGGGAGAAUUACGUUUGGAUCGUCACCCAAAGCGUCAUCGAAAAUCUUCAAUUUGCCAGUCAAUUUCCGGUUGGGAUGCUCGGCGUGCAUUUCGACACCAGCAGCGAGAGCCUCAUCAACGAGAUCAAUACGGCCGUCAAAGUUUACGCCAACGCUGUCGAAGAUUUUGUGAACGAUCCCGAGAACGCUAACCGUAGUCUGGAGACUCAACUUAGUUGCGAGGGUGCCGGGGAAGCUCGGUGGAAAACGGGCGACUUAUUUUUUAAAUAUUUGAAGAACGUGUCGGUGGAGGGUGAUCAAGGAAAGCCAAACAUACAGUUCACUCAAGACGGUGUUCUUAAGGCUGCGGAAUUGAAGAUUAUGAAUCUUCGUCCUGGACUUAGUCGGCAACUCGUUUGGGAAGAGAUCGGUGUGUGGAAGUCGUGGAAAAAAGAAGGAUUGGACAUAAAGGACAUCGUUUGGCCGGGUAACACGCACACGCCACCUCAAGGAGUACCGGAAAAGUUUAAUCUGAAGAUAACGUUUCUCGAGGAACCACCGUACAUCAAUCUCGCCCCACCCGAUCCUGUCAGCGGAAAAUGCUUAAUGGAUCGUGGUGUUCACUGUCGAGUAGCCAAGGAAUCAGAGUUUACCGAGGUGGACAUUCAGUCGGCACAAAAAAACGAUAGUUUUUUUCAAUGCUGCAGCGGAUUUUGCAUAGAUCUGUUGCAAAAAUUUUCCGAAGAGAUAGGAUUCACCUACGAAUUGGUCAGAGUGGAGGACGGCAAAUGGGGUACACUUGAGAACGGAAAGUGGAACGGCCUUAUAGCGGAUUUGGUAAACCGGAAGACAGACAUGGUAAUGACGUCCUUGAUGAUAAAUUCCGAAAGAGAGGCCUUCGUGGAUUUUACCGUUCCUUAUAUGGAAACUGGAAUAGCCAUCGUCGUAGCAAAACGUACUGGGAUAAUAUCACCCACUGCUUUCUUGGAGCCAUUCGACACGGCUUCCUGGAUGUUAGUGGGAAUCGUUGCGAUCCACACCGCGACGGUAAUGAUACUCCUUUUCGAGUGGCUGUCACCGUCCGGUUUCAACAUGAAGGUAAAACCUUCGGUCGCUGCGCGGAAACUGACAAAUCCAUCGCCGAAUCAUCGGUUUUCGUUUUGUCGCACGUACUGGUUGGUCUGGGCAGUACUAUUCCAAGCAGCAGUCCAUAUCGAUUCUCCCAGAGGAUUUACAGCCAGAUUCAUGACGAACGUUUGGGCGCUAUUCGCUGUAGUCUUCCUGGCCAUUUACACUGCCAACUUGGCUGCCUUUAUGAUAACGAGGGAAGAGUUUCACGAGUUUACCGGUGUCGACGAUCAUCGAUUGGCCAGGCCGUGGUCGCACAAGCCUAUGUUCAAAUUUGGCACCAUACCAUGGAGUCACACCGACAGUACGCUGGCCAAAUAUUUUAAAGAGAUGCACACUUACAUGAAGGCCUUUAACAAGAGCAGCGUUGCCGAGGGAAUCGAAGCUGUCAUAAGCGGCGAAAUGGACGCGUUCAUAUACGACGGAACAGUCCUCGACUAUUUAGUGGCUCAAGACGAAGAUUGCAGGCUUCUCACGGUUGGAUCUUGGUACGCAAUGACGGGAUACGGUUUGGCAUUUUCACGAAAUUCAAAGUAUUUGCAAAUGUUCAACAAACACUUGCUCGACUAUCGGGACAACGGUGAUUUAGAACGUUUGAGACGUUUUUGGAUGACGGGUACCUGUAAGCCGGGAAAAGAAGUUCAGAAAAGUAGCGACCCCCUUGCGCUCGAGCAAUUUUUAAGCGCUUUCCUAUUGUUGAUGAUGGGAAUCCUCUUGGCAGCCGUUUUCCUUCUUCUCGAACAUCUAUAUUUCAAAUACGUGAGACAGCAUUUGGCUAAAAGCGACGGCGGUGGUUGUUGCGCUCUAUUCAGCUUGAGCAUGGGAAAAUCUUUGACUUUUCGCGGUGCGGUUUAUGAGGCGCAGGACAUACUCAGACAUCACAGAUGCAGAGAUCCAAUUUGCGACACUCACUUAUGGAAAGUGAAGCACGAGUUGGACAUGGCCAGGAUCAGAAUACGACAGCUCGAGAAGGAUCUCGAGGCGCACGGAAUAAAGCCCAGUCAGACCAAGUUCAUCGACGCGGUCGAGGUUGCCAGGCCGAGAGAUAUGAGCACCAACCAUGUUGUAAGCACCGAGUACGCGGAAACCUUUUUACCCACGGAGAUUUACAGAAUUCCUGGCGCGGAAGGGGUAAGAACGGAAAUUGCAGAGAUGGAAACAGUUCUGUGAUCGUAAGAGGAUCGGCCUAGAUCGCCCAGACGUUAAAAAUCAAUUCAAGGAAGCAAGCAAGCAAGCAAGCGAGCGAGGAAUUCAGAAGGAAAGAGAGAAAGAGAGAGAGAGAGAGAGAAAAAAAAAGAGAAAGAAAGAGAGAAAGAGAGAGAUGUUUUUUCUCUUCCUCGAUAAAAAUAAGAAGAAAGAAAUUCCGUCGAAUCCACCACGAGCAUCGAAUUGCUUCCUUACCUUCUGCCAUCGCGGAAUCACGGACGACCAGUUCUUUCGUCUCUCCUGCGAAGGUUAACAAGAAGAUUUUUCUAAAUCUCGGAGCUCCUUCGCAAACAACAGGAGGAGAAGGACCUUCAAUUUUACAACGUUUUUUGCUUACUCUUAGGGAGAACAAAACGUAUAUAUAUAUGGUAAAACAAAAAGAAUUAAAAUGAACAAAAAGAGAGAGAACACGAUGAGGAUGAUGUUUGGGCAAGGUUCAGUGCCUAAUUAGCUCCUCGUAUUAGUUCGCCGAUAAAGAUAAAUAAUGGAGGUCCAUUUGAAACCUCUCAUUCUUUAUCACUCUCUUAUAUUCUCUUUCUCUAUUAUUAUGCAUUAUAUAUAUAUAUAUAUCACACACCAUACAUAGACACAGACACAGACACAGAUACACACAGAUAUUUUUCUUUACGAUUAAGUAUCCUUCUAUAUCCCUUAUCCUCUUUCUCAUUCAUUCUCUCUCUCUCUCUCUCUCUCUCUUUCUCUUUGUUUCUCAUUUUCUAUCCUUCUUUCUCUCUCUUCCAUCCGGAGAUAAGAAAUUUUCACGAAAUCAAAUACGGAGAGGUUGGAAAGAGAUGAAAUGCUGCGAGAAUAAAUUGCGAGACCUUUACAAUGCAAAGAAAAAAAAAAGAAAAAAAGAAACAUUUGAUGAAAAUGAAAAUAAUGAAUAGAAAAAAAAAAAGAAUUAUUAUUAUUAUUAUUAACAUGAAAUAUAUUCUAACACGUACCGUGAAACGUACGCGCGACUUUUUUCUCGGUCCUUUCUAAAUUCAAUUUGUGCCUACAAAUAUCAAGUACGAUACUAACGAAGGAGGAAGGAAGCCCCAUUGAAACACAGGUUUUUGCAACGAGUGAUUACAAGGAGAAGGAACGAAUAAUUAAUCCCUUCCCAAAAACAACAACAACAAAAUAUAAAAGAGAAAAAAGAACACGAAAGAAAACAAAAAGAUACAAGGAAAAACGCAACGAAAUAAUUCUUCGAUUUUCAUUGUCCUUUCGUGUUAUAACGGGCAAAUGUAUUUGAGUGAUGGCAUUAGACCGCGUAAAGGGUGGAUGCUAUUUAAAAUAAUCGUUGCGCGGGGGGAAACUGAAAUGAAUUAAUAUUAUUAUUAUUAUUAUUAGGGCAAAGAAAAAAAAUACACAAUCGGGCACCAACAAUGCAAUAGAUAGUUACCGAGUUCUUCUCAUUUUUAAGAAGGGCUAUUUUAAACUUUGUAUAAACUCACUACCGACCACUGUAACAUACAUACACGCAUACACAUACACGCGACACGUAAGGUAAAUACGUAAGAGAAAAAAAAUCAUACACAUAUAUACGUACAUCCAAAUUCACGUACAAAGAAAAAAACGACGAGGCCGUAUAAGAACGCGACGCGAAUUAAUGAAAAAGAAAAAGAAAAAAAAGAGAAAGGGUAGUUUAUCCCAAAGAGAAGCGAGUCCUAUGUGUAUCCUACGAAAUUGUAGAUCGGAUAUCUGCGAGUGAAAGAAAAUAAAAUAAAUGGAAAAAAAAUUAAUAUAAAAUAAAACAAAAAAAUAAAUAAAAAAUACCAUGUAUGUCGGUUAACGUUAUAUUGUACAUGCAUCGAUAUUUAAUAAUUAUACAUAUAGGGAUAUUAUAUACGUGCGUAUUCAUACUACAUGCAUAAGUUACUUCCACGUAAAGUGAGAAAGAUAAAAGACAAUUAAUUUAAAAUCGAUGAGACGAUGAUGUAUUGUGGAAAACAAUGAAAUAUUCUAAAAAUAACCUUACUUUGAGGACGUAAUAACGCUCGACGAAAAAAAAUUAAAAAAUUAAAAUACAUUUAAUAAAUAUAAUUAUAAAUAUAUAUAUGUAUGUAACGCGAUGAACGAUAUGUAAAGUCAAAAAAAGAAAAAGAAAAAGAAAAAGAAAAAGAAAAAAAUGAGAAAUAGGGGAGAAAAAAGGGUUAAUACGAGUCGUGGAGCGUCAGGCGUCGUUUGUUCGACGAAUUUUGAAAAAAUUGUCCAAAUAAAUGAACAAUAUUCUAAUGUAAGAUGGCAAAGUUUGAAAAUGAGGGAUAGAAGUUGAGAUGAUUGUUCGAUUUAACAAAAGAAAAAAUCCCCCGACCACCCGCCCGCUCCUCCUCCCUCAGACCCCCUCAGGAGAUGAGAAUAAAUAUUUUCUAACGCGUAAUUUUGUGCCUGAAAUAUCAAUUUUCGAGAUAUAAUUUGUAAAUGAAUCGUCAUAUUUUUUAGAUCAUAUCAAAAGAGUCCAUCAUCUGGUAGCAUUGUUCGCUUCGACGUUCUGACGCUCCGACAAAUUUUUUGCAAAACGGUAAACUAUACAUAAUAUAUACACACACGAAUAAAAAUAUACAUAUAUAUAUAUAAGUAAAUGAUUAUUAAUCGUAAUUAAAUAAAUGAAAAAAAAGCGGUGGGAUUAACGUGCGUGCUGUCAAAAUAAAACGUCCCGCACGAUCGUAAAAUAAUACGAAAACAAAUAUAAUUAACAGAAGAUAAUGAAACGAAUAGGGGGAGGAUAAAUAAAUGAUCCUAACUGGCAGGACGUUUUUCGUUAGGGGGGGGAAAAAAAAA